GGAGAUGAAUAAAUUCAAGGCAUUCGUUGUGAAGAAAAAAGCUUUCAGGAGAGAAAGCACACAGCCUUUAAUAGAGAAUAACAACGUCAUACAACAUGGAUUUAAACAGGCACCAUGUACCAAGUAUGAAAACGCUUUGGUUCAGAAUACCUUGGACAUCCACAAAGAACAACGCCUGCAGAGUGAGGAACAGAUCACACCUGAGAAACUCGCUGGACUUCUUCAGGUGCCACUUGAGGAUGGAUUUUGUUGCUCAACACACCGUCAGCUCAAUGCAGAGCAGCAGCAUCUCUGCCUCGUACAAAGAUCUGUGGACCAACACUUCCCAAAGCUUCCUCCAGAUGUGGACCAGAACCUCCAUCAGUACCUGGAGAACGUGCAGAAGAUGGUUAUUACCGAGUUUGUGAGGCUGGGUUCCCCUCUGACACGUAUGGGGCUGAUGGGAAGUCUGAUUGAUUGCUACCAUCGUGAGACAUUUACUCGCCUCGAUGAUCUGCUGCAGAACGUCCGAUCCUCGAAGAACUCCUUUGGGUUGAUGAAAUGGGUCCUACAUACGUAUCUGAGCCCGGAGAUGCUCUGUCAUCCUGAACUUCAAGAAGUGGAUCCCAUUAAAAAGGUCGACCUCCUGCUGUUCACCGAGUUGGUGGGACAAGCAAAGGACAAACUACUUGAAAAUGUGGAGUGUCACUACAACCACACUGCUGAACACUUCUGA